CCAAAAAAAAAAAAAAAAAUUCUGGGAAGGCUUGCGAAAAGGUCAGCAAUGGCUUCCGCUUCGGCUUCUGGUACUUUGUCGCUGCCGAAGUACAUAUACGCGAAGACCCAUCUUCCGUUGCUUCCCAAUUCGAAGUUCGUCGUGUCGCCUUUUCAAUCCUUGAGGAAAGCGAGAACGGGGCAGCUCUCUGUUCGCGCCAUGGGGUCCUCUGCUUCUUCCCAGAGGCCUGACAACCUUCAAGAUGAAGUUGGCCCAGUCUCCGUGAGUGAUGAAGAGUGGAAGAGACGCCUGACUCCGGAGCAGUACUACGUUGCCCGGCAAAAGGGCACCGAGAGGGCCUUUACUGGGUACGAUCGGUUCUUGGGAAUGUUGCUUGUUUCUCUUGUGUGUUUCAAGACUAUGGAGUAUUGGAACACCAAGAUCCCAGGAACAUAUCAUUGCAUUUGCUGUGACACUCCUCUGUUCGAAUCAAAUACAAAGUUUGACAGUGGAACUGGGUGGCCAUCAUACUAUCAGCCCGUAGGGAACAAUGUCAAAUCAAAAUUGGAUCUCUCGAUCAUUUUCAUGCCACGCCAGGAAGUCCUGUGUGCUGGUUGCGAUGCGCAUCUCGGUCACGUCUUUGAUGACGGGCCACCUCCCACUGGUCAACGCUAUUGCAUCAACAGCGUUUCAUUGAAGCUGAAACCAAAGUAGAGGACACACCAAAGUCGCUAAGUGGCAAAACAGCAUAAUGUUCGAGUUGUGACAGAAGCAUAUGGAGAACAAUUGUUUCUGAAGUUUUCUGUUGUCAUGAUAGUCUACCUCAAAUAUGGAUGCGCGUUUAUGAUGGCAUUGCAGAGCACUUUCAGUAUAGCGUGAUCAUCCGCUAAACUGUGUUGAAAUUUUGUACACUAACUCCUUGUAUGAUACACAGCUGUAAGACGGACAAUGUACUAGUUCAUCCUCAAUAUAUUGGGUUUUUUA